AUUUGUGAAAAACCCAUGGAUCACAAUGUUAGCAGUAACGUAGCAAGCAUGGACACAACUCUCCACAUUUUGCUGUUCAUUUAUUUCUGUGUCUACACCUUGGCCCACUCCAGAGAUUCAAAUGUCAACAAGAUGUCUGUGAAGAAAGGACCUUUCAAAGUGGCGGACAGUGGCCAAGCAAUUAACUGUGGAGUCAAUCCUAUAAAUGUCACAUGGACCCCAAAAGAUCUGGUGUCAUCUGGAGAAGUCACUAUAUUUGUUAAUUACCCACUGCCUCAUGACCUUGACAGUGGGUUUUUCAAUGCGAGCCUGUUCUUCCACGGAGAUAGUCUGCCAUUCUUAGGCUAUGCAGAUAAUUAUAACUGUGAUUUGCUCAAGAAAUAUAUUCCAAUGUGUCCAGUGCCAAAAGGAGUUUCGUAUCCUUUCUCGAAGACCAUCACUAACCUACAUAUUUUAACAAGCUAUCCAGGAACAUACGACGCCAUCUUGCAGGCAUGGAACUCCAAACAGGAGGAGAUGUUUUGUGUCAACAUAACCAUUACAGUGCUAGAAGAAACCCUGCAAGAAGACGAUUUUUUUUAGUUCAAAGACAACUAUUAGUGUGAAAGAUACUUAAUGUACAUGAGAUUUUUCUAUUUAUUUUUUAUUUCAUGUUUAUAAUAUUAUUGAUUUUUAGUCGUUUAUUAAAACGUUGUUUUGGAUAUAAUAUUGUGUCAAAGUUUAGAAAUUUGAGCGUCUUUUUUUUUUAAAUUUACAUACAUUCCUUUUUUUUUAAAAAAAAAAGAGUUCUACAUUCCUAAUAGCAUUUAUUUUGUUAUAUGGUUAUGACGUUAAUGUACUCUUUAUUUAGAAACUCCGCUAAACCAAUGGUUUUCGUGGCUAAUUGAUGCGUCACAAUUGUAGAGAGUUAUUAUAUAAGAUUAAAUUUGUCCUAGCAUACGGAACACAAAUGUGCUUGUAUCCUUGUAGGCCUAUAAAUAUUCUAUAUGCUGUGUGCUUUUUUUUUUGUAUUUGUAAGUUAGUGAUAACGAUUUAUGUAUUAUUGCCACGUGACAUUGUCGUCUUCUGUCCCAGGGGCGUAGCAAGGGAUUUGGGGGCCCGGGGGGGGGGGCUCGACCUCUUUAAGUGUCCCUGCAUUUUGACAUUCGACAUCAUGACACGAGAUAAUGUACUUAAUAAGUAUGUGUCUAAUGUGUGGAAUACAUGCAACAUUGUCACAGAUUUAAAUAACAACAAGAAUAUCAAGAUAACAUGGCAUUGGCUUAAUAUUUAAUGUGAAAAAAAUCAGACACGACACUCAAUUAGGGGACCCCUUAAGUUGGGACCCGGAAGGAUUUUAAAAUUUCAGACCUCCCUGCCCCCUGCUACGCCACUGUUCUGUCCUGGAGUCGUUUUAUUGCCGUUAGUCUAAUUAAUUUUGAUUAUACAUUUGUGAAAAACUUCAAGCUUUUGGGGGG